AUGUAUGUUAAGACCUCAAAAGGAAGCUGGGAACAACUUAGCAAGUUCAGAAAUGGCAAGAGUAUGUUUCAAGAUGCAUUAAGUGCUUUUGUUGCCCCUGCUGAUAUUCAGGUAUUUACAAGUGAAGCAAAGAAUAGAUUAUCCGCGAGGUGUCAAGGUAAGACUGUUAAAGAUUUUGCUCGUGCGGUGAACGAGAUCUGUGAGGCUUUUGAAGAGUUACAGCAGAAGAACUUUGGUGCUUGUAAAGAUGAUACUGAUAAGGCAGUACCUGGUUCCUCAUCUCCAAUGGAUGGAGGAGAUGCUGGAGGAAAAGGUCAGAGUCGGACUGAGGCAGUUGAACAGAAGGAAAGAACAGGUAAUGAGGCCUUGAGUGAUGCAGGGUAUGGGUUGGAGCAUUGUUCAAAUAGACAGGGUAAGACUGUUGAAAUGGAUAUUAAGCCUAGUGUUUCUUGUAAUACAGAGCAGACAUCAGUUGUAUCUGUUAAGAAGAGGAUUAAAACCUCCAAUAAUGGCACACAUAUACGAAAGAAAGAGGUUCCAAGUAUAUCCAAGCUGGAGGAUCCUUCUCCACUCAGAGAAAUCUCUGGUGACAAGGAUGGAGAUGGUGAGGAUAUUCACCCUGAUGCUGGAGGAGGUUCCCCUUGUGGCCCUGUUGUUGGUGAAAAUGAUGGUUACCCACCUUUAGUUGUGUCCAUUUCUGGGAAGUACUCUGGUGGGGGACAAAAGGCAAAGAAGAUGGUUACAGUAUCAAAGAGGAAGAUGGAGUGUCCAGCAGAAGGAGAUAAAAUGACACUUUCAAGGCAACCGAAGCAUGAUGACUCUGAUUCAGAAGGCAAUGUUGGUCUUCAGGACUCUGGAUCACAUUUUCAAGAUGGAGUACAAGAUGAAAUUGCUCCAUGUAGCAACAUAAAGACUUCACACAGUGAUGAUUUGAGAUCAGAUUUAGGUGUCAACUAUGGAAAGAAAGUUAAAAGCAUGGGAAAAGCUAAAAAGCAUGUAGGAGAAAAUUCUGUUGAACCAUUUGAUGUUGGAAAUGAUGCUUUAGACAAUACCAAGGAGCAGGGCAUGGAUGUGCAAUUAUUUUCUGGAGACCAUAGAAAGAAGAGGACCCAACUUGGACAUAAAACGCUUAAGGUGAUGACAAAUGAAGAUUCACGUCCUGCCAAAAGAUCAAAGCGAGUAGGUGUUGGUGAGGAUACCACCAAGAAAUCAGUCGCUAAAAGCACUAGUGAUUCUCCAAGUCUGGCUGUUCUAGACAGAAAAAGUAAUAAAUCUACGGAGAGUAAAAAAUUAUCUUCAUGUAUUAAGGCUGAAAGCCGUCUGGCAUCUAGAACUGAAACAAUUAGUGUUGUAACUAACUUGCCAAGUGAUGAAGCUGUUCUGCCCCUAACAAAACGCCGGUGUCGGGCAAUGGAGGCAAUGUCUGAUUGUGCUACAGUGGCUGCUGGGGAUAAAUUAGAGAAGAGAUUUGACAUCCAUAAGAAUGAUGUUUCCAGCUCAGAUUGUGAUGGCUCUCCUAUCCAAGCCAACUCAAAACAGAGGGCAGUUCAUCGAUUUGAUGAUGAUAAUGUCCAAGAAGAGCUCAAAACUCCUGUUCAUGGUGAACCAACCAUAUUGUCGAAGGAUGUGCCUUCACAAUUGUCAGGUUCUGUUCAGAACACUGAUACACAUCAUGAAAGUCUCAAUAAUGCUCAACCGAGUGUUGGAGACGGUAUGAAUAAAAAUUUUGAUUCUACUGUACCGGAGGAUAGUCCUUCAAAGGAUGGAACAUCCUCUGUGAAACUUCUUGACAAGUCUCUAUCACCCAAGUCAAAGCAAAAUGAAGAGAAGAGGCCGAGAAAGCCAAUGACAGCACAUGUUUCUCAUAGCCCUGGUAAAUUGGAAUCACAGAAAUCAUCUGCCAAGGAGGGUAAGCUGACCUUGACCUCGCCUAAGGAUCCCCUUGGGUUGGUUACUGCUGCAAAGCUAGUGGAGCAUAAAUCCAUCAAACCCCAGACUAAAGCAUACAGUACCACUUCAAGAAAGCCUCAGGUCGGGUCUUCUAAAGUUUUAGGUAUGGGUUCUGAUGGCUUAAGCCGUUCUUCUAAUCAAGGAACAAUCCAAAAAAGCAGGCCAGCCUUAUCUGCAGAAAGGGCAAAGGUGAAUCUCAAAACUAAUUCACAGAUAAAUGAUUCUGCUAUUCCGGAAUGCUCUACACUGAAUGAUUGUCAGCUUGGGGAACGAUCAAAUGUCACUGAUGAUGAUAAAGCUGCUAGUUCAUUGAUAGAUUCCAAGAUUGCUGAUUCUGCCUUGUCUAUGAAACAUCUUAUUGCUGCUGCACAGGCGAAAAGAAAACUAGCUUAUGUGCCAUCUCUUUCUAAUGAUAAUCCUAUCGCAACAUUUAUUUCCACUGCUUCUGUGGUUCAGGUGAGAAGCCCCAGUCCUGCUUCUGCAGCACAGCCCUUCAUGUCUGACUCUAGCCAUGCAAUGCAGCAGGAUACAAUGGGAUUUUAUGCUCAUACAUCCCUCACUUCGCCGUCUACUCAUGCUCGUCAAGUUGUGUCACAAGUAGAAUUUGACGAUCAUGAAGAGGGAAGGGUUAGUUCAGGACGGAGGGCACUUGGGGGUUCACUGAGUGGUGGUACAGAGGCAGCUGUUGCACGAGAUGCUUUUGAAGGAAUGGUAGAGACAUUGUCAAGGACAAAGGAAAGUAUUGGACGAGCAACUCGUCUUGCCAUUGAUUGUGCAAAGUAUGGAAUCGCCAAUGAGGUUGUGGAACUUCUGAUCCAAAAAUUGGAGAGUGAGCCCAAUUUCCAUCGUAAAGUGGACCUGUUCUUUCUCGUGGAUUCUAUUACACAAUGUUCUCAUAGUCAGAAAGGGAUUGCGGGGGCCUCGUACGUUCCCACAGUACAAGCAGCACUGCCUCGUCUUUUAGGUGCUGCUGCUCCACCUGGAGCUGCCGCUCGUGAAAAUCGUCGUCAAUGUCUCAAGGUUCUGCGGUUGUGGCUUGAGCGGAAGAUCUUACCUGAAUCACUUAUUCGGCGGUACAUGGAUGAUAUUGGAGUACCAAAUGAUGAUAUGACCGCUGGAUUUUUUCUUAGACGUCCAUCUCGAUCUGAGCGUGCUAUUGAUGAUCCAAUUAGAGAAAUGGAAGGGAUGCUUGUAGAUGAGUAUGGGAGCAAUGCAACAUUUCAGCUGCCUGGCUUUUUAUCUUCUAAUGUAUUUGAGGAGGAGGAAGAUAUUCCUAACAAUUUAUGCAAGGAUGCUGGUGAUGACUCACCAGUAGAAGCCAACCAUACUGUAGAAGAUCUGGAAACAUGUGCAGUAACUCCUAGCGACAGGCGUCACCGCAUUUUAGAGGAUGUGGAUGGUGAGCUUGAAAUGGAAGAUGUUUCGGGAUCUCCCAAGGAUGAUAAACUCAUGAAUGGUAAUAAUUCCUUUGAAUUGGAUUCACAGCGGCAGAGUUCGGAUAGGAUUUCGGAAUCAGCUUUGCAGAAAAUCUCUGAGUUUCCCCCUUUGCCUCCAGGUUCUCCACCAUUGCCUUUAGAAUCUCCACCUUCACCACCUCCACCACCGCCUUUGUCUCCAUCACCACCUCCACCACCACCUCCACUGUCAUCACAACCACCACCUCCAUCACAGCCCCCUCUGCAAUCACAACCACCUCCGCCGUCUCUUCUGCCUCCGGGUCCCCCACUAUCGUUACCAUCACUGCCACUGCCACCUUCGUUGUCACCCCAACCUCCAAUGCUCCCUCAACAAUCAUUGCCACCACAGUUGGCGCCCCCUCAACCAUCACUCCCACCGCAGCCAUCACUUCCUUCUUCUUCACCACAAUUAGUAUAUCAGCAACCUGUAUCUCAAGAUUAUUGUAGGACCCAAAGUGGACAAAUUGUGGGAAGUGCUCCUCAUCCUAGCCACAUUAGUGCUGCUAUGAGGAGCGAAAUGUUUCCACAUCAGUCACAUUGUUUGGUAUCGAAUGGAGUUUGCAAUACACGUGAUUCAUCUGGAUUUAAUUCCUCAAGACCAUUUGAAUAUUUACAAAAUGACAUGCAUAUGAACCCCCAAGCUCAACCCGCCCAGCAGUUUCAACCAGCUAAUGGGCCUUUUGCCCAAAAGCCUUACCAUCCUACUACCCCUACACAAACCUCAUCCAAUCAUCUACAUUAUACAAAACCUGUUCAUCAACACAUGCAGCAGCCAUACCACCACCCUUUCUCCACUCUAUCGCUUCCCAAUGGCCAGAGGCAAUAUGUUCCUGACGAGCAAUGGAGAAUGCCUUCAAACGAAUUCAAUCCAAAUAAUCAUCAUGGCGUGUGGGUGGGUGGAGGGAGAACUCCAAAGUCAGGGCCACCUUUUGCCCAUGAAGGAAUUUUUUGCCCACUUGUUGACAGACCUUCGAGUAAUAUGGGUUUCCAGCAACCUCUCCACAAUCCUCUGCUAUCUGGACCUCCAAUCCCAGUUCUUCCAGGUAAUAGUGUUGCCCAGAUUCUGCCCAGUAGACCUGACAUCGCUGGUGUCAAUUCUUGGCGGCCAGGUUGAGGGUCAUUUAUGUGCCUCAUUACAUGGAAUCUCACCAUUGUUGCCACUCAAGAAAGGAAAUUUUCACCCCAUGCUGCCUGCUUUGAAGGAAGAGCUACGCUACUGGAUGGCUUCUCUGACUUCUCAACAGCCCAAAACCACUAAGUAAUGGUGUUGAGAUCUGGCUUAGAAUCUUGGCAAGACUGUAUAUUGUAUUUUUUUCCUGACAACUGCAUUCUGCACGCUUUUGCUACUGAGUUGCCCCCCCAAUGUUUUUGUCUCAUUGAGAGAAAUCUAUUCUUAACUUCUGUAAUUAUAGUGUUCAUACAAUAUAAAGAAAUUUAUUUCAAGAUAAAUGAGUUUCAGUGUC